GAGGGUUUGGGGCAGAAGAAAUCAGAGAUGUUGGGGAGAAUUAGAAGAGCUUCAAUUAGCUCUCUGGAACUAUUAGAGAUGGAGGAAAGGCCAUCUCCCAAAUUGAUCAAAGACGACCCUCUCUCCAUCUAUGAGAGCACUCUUAUGAAGCUCAGAGAAGGCUCUCUACGUUGUCAAAGCCUGCCCCCAGCCGAACCCUCUUGCCUGGAUGUCAGUUGCAGCACAGCAAGUGAUCCUCCUGCAACAAUUGGUGAUGAUUGUUCUUCCACUGAUUUAUCUCCUCUGCCCAAUGCAGAUCAACAUAUACCUAGGAGCUCAACGACACGAAGGGCCAAAAAUUUGUCCGUUCUUUUCCUGUUUUCUAAAUAUAAGAGUCCUAAAAAUGCUCCUAACUCAUCGGAAGAGGAUGCCAUGACGUUAGAGAACGUAUGCUCUUCUGCUUGUGCUUCUUCCACUGACAGCAUUUCUCAAUUCACGAGCAGCCACAGACAGCACUUGCCUGAGGAAUGCUUUCAUUCUGGGAUGAUUCAAUAGCAAGAAAGAAUAAAACAUAACUGCAACCUAAUUUUACAAUGUUGUAUUACUUUCAUUGGCAGGUGAUAAAUAAUGUAGUUCCUAUUUUUUAAACAAAUGACUUUAAUUUGUUGCAUCAAGGAUUUCAGCAAGGCUUCUGGAGAAUGAUGCUCUCAAGAGUUUGAACCAUAAGAUUCCCCAUUUGGCUUUUGGCCAGCUGCUGCACUUAUCCUGAGAAAGAGCUGUAAAAUGCUUAAACAGGCUAAAGAGGAUAUCUGAGAUGGAGCAGCCCUUUGUAACUGCUGAAAUGAAGAUUAUUCUUGUUGUAUGUCAUAUUACCUGUCGUAUGUAUUUCACCUAAUGGAUAACCAGGCAGAAUACCGUGUUA